AUGAGUGAAGAGAAGGACUACCUCACGGGUAGCACCUCCGCAGAGAGUCACAGCGGUGGAGGGAAGGACCAACAAGGGGAAAUGGUGAGCAGCCCGAACAGCAGUGGUGAGAGGAAGACGGAAAAUGAACAAGGGGGUAUGCUCGAUGCGGAGCGAGAAGGAGAAGCAGAUAAGGAAAGAAACGAGGAGGGGCGAGCGGCGAAAAUGAGUAAGAAGAAGGAGAAGAAGGAGAAGAAGAAGGAGAAGGGGGGGACGAAGAAGGAGGGGACGGAGAAGGAGGGGACGGAGAAGGAGGGGACGGACGAGCGGGUCGAAGCUGGAACCAAAGCGGGGAUGAAACAGAAAAAAAAGGGGCAAAAUAAAUCGGAAAGGAAAAAGGAAAGCGGAACGGACGCGAAAAUCACCCCACAGAAGGGACCAGAAAAGUCGGGCCGUAGAGCAGCAAAAAAGAAGGGCCACAAGGAAGGCAAAGGAGAACGCACAAAUGAACGAAAAACAGGGGGAGGGAAAAAAAACAAAAAGGGAACGGACUAUGAGGACACCACUGGGAGCGACGUAUUCAACUCCAGCGUGAGGAGUGAUAACACCAGGAGGGGGAAAAACAUUUUUGCGAACGAGGAAAUUGAGGAGAGUGACGAUGAGUACAACUUAAACACGCUCGGGAAUUUCGACCUGAAGCAUUACGAAGAUUUGGACAUUUUGGGGUACGACAUUUGGGGGAACAAAAUUGAGAAGAAGGACGAAAACGCCAUCGACGACUUCAUCGAGUCCAAGACAGACAAAAACGCAUGGAGAAAAAUAAAAGAUAAAAAAAACAACCGAAUUGUGGAGCUGACCAACAAGGACCUAGAAAUAAUUAAAAGUAUUCGUCAAAACAAAGUGGCGAAAUAUCUGAACGAGGAAAAUUACGUGUACGAAAAUGAAAAGGAGGAAUACAAAUUGGGAAUGAAGGAGUCAGCCAACCGCAAGUACAAACAAUCAGCAGAGGAAAAAAAAAUACAAAAAAUAAUAAUGCAUUUAAUGGAUAGAGAAAAAAAUCCAGAGAAAUAUAAAAAAGAAGAGGACGAAUAUAAAUUGCUGUACGAUUUGUGGAGGAACAAAAUUUACGAUGAUUUUAAAAAUGUAAACGAAAUGAAUUUGCCAAAUAUUUUACCAGGACAUAAAUAUAGUUACAAUCCUCCCCCUGAAUUAAUGUACAAUUCAGCAGAAAGAAGAAAAAUUUUAAAACAAAAUAAUGAUGCUUUUAUUACACAAAAUUUUGAAAAAAUCAGAAAUAUCGAAUUUUAUAAAAAAACAUAUUUUGAAUUAUAUCAGAGGUGUUUAGAUUUAUACCUCUGUUCGAGAUCAUUAAAAAAUGUGCUCCAUAUCAAAAAGGAGGAUUUACUCCCCAAAUUGCCAUCCACCCAAUCGUUGAAACCUUAUCCGAAUCAUCCAUUUGUGAAGUAUAUCAUGGAUGACACCCUGAGUGGGGAUAGAAAUAAAUACCUGAGCCAGAUAGACGUAAGCGAAGAUCAUCAUGUUGUGUAUGUAGUUCAAUGUGGAAAGCUCUACAUCUUCGACGUUCUGACGUCAUACAAUAUUGCCGUGAUAGACUUGGCUUACUAUUAUGGAAGGAUACUUCCCAUGGGGAAAGGCUCGGAAAAAAAUGGAGGAACAACUUUUGAUAAUAUUCGCAUAAAGGCCAAUAAGGCGUAUGACAUCGUAGCGGUGUCCUUUGCUAAUACGAUUCUGCUUUUCCAUUAUGAGAACUUCAUUCCUCCAGCCAAGUCAGGUGCGGACAAUAUCGAGGAAGUAUAUCGCACUGACUCCAAACGGAGGAAGAACUCUCUUGGGGACGGUGAGGAAAAUAGCAGAAGUGAAGAAACCCUGUCGGAAGAGCGUCACAGUGAGGGGGACGACGCACAUUUGUCGGACGAUGACGAUUUCGAGGGUUCUCUGGAUGAUGAUGAUGUUGGCGAGGAUGGCAGGGACCAAGGGGACGACGGUGAGGAGGAGGACCAUAGGGAUGAAGAAUUAGGCAAAAAUGAGGAAGACGCGGAGGAGAUGCCCUCGAGAAGGAAAUGCGAACCGUUGAGCAGGACUGUGGCUUAUUAUAAGACGAAAGGUCUACUCAGCGUGUUUCACAAAAAUUUUAAAAGUUCGGAGGAAUACGUGUACUCCCCCGAUGUGGACGUGAAGUGGAAGCACAUCAAACCGAAUGACCGG